AUGUUUAGAGCCGUCAAUGUGUACUGCCCCACCAACACCAAAUCAGAACUCAGACCAGAAAUUGUCAGGAAAUUGUACAAGCAAGUCAGUUCAGCUAUUGUCGUUCCUUCAAGACACGAGUUGUUUGUGAUGGGAGAUUUCAACGGUAGGCUGGGUAAGCUUGAUGACUCAGACUAUGUAAAUGGUGUGUCAGAUUAUGUCGGCAGGCACGGUAUGGGUAAAAGGAAUCACAACGGUCACUACCUUCUCAACUUCAUGUGUAGAAACGACUUGUUUGCUGCUAAUACUGCCUUCCUUCACCGUGCGAGUCAUCGGACCACUUACGAGGGUUUGGUUAAUGUCAAAGGUCAGUCUGGUAAAAAGCGUAAAGUGUUUACUCAGAUAGAUUAUAUUCUUUGUAAAAGAAGAAGUAAAUGUCUGCUCAGAGAUGCUAGGUCGCACAACGGUAUGGUGUUUAGUUCUGACCAUAGGCUUGUAAUAUGUACGAUUAAAUUGUCUAAACGCCCCCUGUUCUACGCUAAAGCUCCUAAACGUCCUAAAAUGUUUGACACUCGCAGGCUCACAUCAGACCCCGAUUGUAAACGAACGUAUGAACAUGACAUUGCUAGUAGACUUUCUACUGUAAUACCCUCAGGUGAUCCCAACAAGGACUUUGCAGUAGUACUGGGUGAAGUUCAUAAGUCAGCUGCUGAGACCCUAGGCUACAGGAAGGCUAAGAAUAAGUGCUUCUUCUCUAAUGACCCUACUGUUGUUGCCCUAGCCGCAGAACGACACGAUAUACGCCUCGCCCUGGCAAGCACCAACAAGCCCUGUGAUAGCUCUGUACUGCGAGGACGGAGAAAUAAGCUCGGUAAAGACAUCAAAAAGAGACUGAAGGAGCUAGAGUGUGCUAAGGCUGACCAGUUAGCUGAAGAAAUUUCAUCAACUGACGACACGCGUCAAAUGUUCGAAGCUGUGAGAUCCUUAGCUAAGACCAAAGAGACAAAGCCUAUAGUUGUCCACAAUAAGGAUGGGUACCCCAUUGGUACAGACCUCGCUAAAGCUGAAAUACUCCGCGAUUGGUAUGAAGAACAGCUGACUGGAGAUGAACCUGCCCUUGAUCCGUUUGAAGGUCCCCCUUCUCCCCUCGACUGCCCUAUCACAGAAUAUGAGGUAAAAACCGCUGCUAAACGCCUCAAGAACGGUAAAGCCAAUGGACCUGACAAUACCCCCAAUGAGCUCCUCAAGUAUGGUAGGAGUGCGCUAUGUGUCCAUUACGCCAAAAUCAUCAACACCUGCUUUGAAGAGAACCUGUUCCUUGACGCUGUCGGAGAAUGUUUCAUCACCCCUCUUCAAAAGCCUGGCAAGACUCCUGGUGAACUGAAAAGCCUCAGACCCCUGACACUAUGUAACUGUGCUCGUAAGCUGCUAUCCCUCAUUACACUCAGGAGAAUUGAAGCAAAGGUAGACGCUUACACAGGUCCAUGGCAAGCUGCCUACAAGCAGAAGAGAAGCUGUGGAGACCUGGUAUGGUGUCACCGUAUGUUGAUCAGCAUCGUAAAAGAAAGAGAGUGGUCUUUCCACAAGAUGGGCCUAGACAUGUCCAGUGCCUUCGAUACUAUCAGUAGGCAGACUGUGCUCAACCUCCUAGAGGACGCAGGGUGCACAAGAGAUGAGAUCAGACUAGUGAGAUUCCUCCUAAGCAACACCAAGAUCAAGGUGCGAGUCAACAACGCUACCUCCCUUGAAUUCAUCAGCACCAAUGGAGGACCCCAAGGUGAUAGUGUUUCAGGCCUCUGUUUCACAAUCACUCUAGCUGGUGCCUGCUACCACCUGCGUGCCGUGACGCUGCGCCCAACCCCUCCUAUUAGUCCUAGCGGCAUGCCUGAAGAAGAUGCCUACUCUGAUGACAUCGACUAUCUUGGUGAAGACAAAGAUGCUCUAGAAGCCCUCCUCCCUGUCGCUACUAAGGUGUUCAAAGAGUGGAAUCUGAAUAUUAAUGAAUCAAAGACAGAGUUUGUACACGUCUACAUAGCUGGGAAAGAUGAGGUCAUGGAUGAUGGUAAACCCCUUAGAAUGAAUGAAGAAUGGUGCAGUAGCAAGUUGUUGGGUUCUCUGCUAGAAAGUAGGAAAGAUGUCACCAGAAGAAUCAUGUUAGCCAAUGUAGCAUUCCAGAACUUCAAGAAGGUCUGGUGCCAGAGUAAGAUCCCCCUACAGAAGAAGCUGAAGGUCUAUGAGGCCCAAGUAGUAUCUAUCCUCAUGUAUAACUCUAGUUGCUGGGGAAUGCCUAAAUCGUACUGGGACAAACUAGAUGCAUGUCACCGUAACCACCUCAGAAAGAUCAUGAAUGUCAGCUGGCCACGCAGUAUGAUGUCCAAAGAUACCCUAUACAAACAGAGUAACUCUACCCCUAUGUCUGAGCGUGCUGAGUUAUCUAGGUGGAAGAUGCUAGGACACAUACUGAGGAGCGAUGAAAGAUCACCAGCUCAAGCUGCGCUGUGCUUUGCUGUCGAGAUGUGUAGUGAAGUUGGUAGACUCGGGGCUCACAGACGUAACCUCCUACACCACCUGAAGGUUGACCUCUGGAAGCGUUUCAUCUUGCUGGAGUCGUAUGAUGAUAUUCUUCAUUUGAGAGAACUUGCUAGUAACCGUGGUUAUUGGAGUAAAUUGUUCGACUUUAUACUUGAGUACAAGUCAAUUUGA